AUGUCGUCGACGAACCCCAAGGCCAACUCCCGAUCGCGCUUCUCCAGUCCCAUACACCUUUCGAGCUCGCCGUCGAGUCACAAUAGGGGAACCGCGGCGACGGACGGUCAAAGAAGCUUUAUGCGCACUUGGUUGGAGCCUCCCGUCCAGAACAAGGCGAGCUUCCAAGCCGAUGGUUUGGUGCGAGGAGGUGUGGUCGAGAACAUGGCUCCCUUGGGAACUCUCCCUAAGGUAUUGAAGAAGCAGGCUGCGGCUGCUGCUUCUGCUGCCAUUGGCGGCGGUGGUGCUGCAAAUGGUGCUGGUGCUGGUGCUGGUGCUGGUGCCGCGGAGAGCCUGCCCGCGUCAUCUGGUGUCAAGAGGAUCGUGUUGAAGAAACCGACGGCUACGGCUGCGGCGACUCCACCUGAAAGCGUGCCAAUGUCGACCACAGAGUUGCCUGAGGCAACAACAGCAUCUGCUGCAGCUGAUGUACCGCUAUCGCCCUUAUCGCGCCCAUUUUCCAAUUCGAUUUUGGACAAUGGGGAGGACGAAGAAUAUGUGCCCAAAAAAACAACCCAUUCAAAGGCCCGGCGCCAUUCAUCUCACAAUAACACCAUUGUCCCCAACAAUACCGGCACUCCUACCAGCACACGGCGCACGGUGUCAAGCAGACGGAAAAGUGCACGGCCCAGCCCUGCACCCAUCCAAGCUCCCAUGCCGCCUGCACCUUUCCAAGCUCCACCAUCUACGCGCACGCGUGCACCGACUGACAAAGAUCUUGUCGACAAAGUGAUUGAAUUUGCUGUGGACGAGGCCCUGCGUCACUAUCGCUACCCUACUGCAUAUGCACUUCGCCAGCUUUAUGACGACUACUCUUCAGACCCUUCGUUCGUGCUCAUGAUCGAGGACGUCUUCAAGCAAGAGGCCGACGUCGAGACCCUUGAAGAGUUCAGCCGGCUGCUUUACGACAAGAAGAAAGAGGGCAAAAAGGAAGACAAAGGCUGCCACUACUUUGUGCCUCCUCCCACCGGCACUCACUUCACUCCGCCUAAGCCCAAGCCUGCACCCUACGGUGAGCUGCUCAAGAUGGACUUGGACACGCCUCUCAAGCCUCUCAAGAGCCUUGCUGGCGCCAUCGAUCUUGACGGCCAUGUCAGCAAAAAGAUCAAGACCGACGCUGGAGACGUGCACGCGCUGCCGAACCGCGACGCAAGUGCAAUCACGGAUGCAAACACCUAUGCAGUUCUUCCAGUUCCAGUCCAAGUUGCAGAUGCAGAAAUGGCAGAUGCAGCGCCAGUUGCAGCGCCAGUUGCAGAGGCCACUGCAGGACCGAAUGCUCAGGCCAUUGCACAGGCAACGGUAGAGGCGACUGCUCAGGUGACUGCAAAGGCGGCUGCAAAGAUGACGGCAACUCCUACUCCCACUCCCACUCCCACCCCCGCUCCCACGUCUACUCACACUCACACACCUGUCACCAAUGGAAAUGGAAGCGGACAUGGAAAUGAGAAUGGAGUUGAAGUUGGCACGCACGGCCGCGUCCGUGUGGCAAGCCAUAAGUCGUCUCCUCACCGGUCGCCUCAGAAGACUCAGAAGACUCACAAGUCUCACAAGUCUCACAAGUCUCACGUGUCUCACAAGGGGGCCCACAAAUCGCCUCGCAAAUCCCACCACAAGUCGCCUCGCAAGAAGCACCGACGCUCGGGAUCCAUGAGCAGCACCUCGUCUGGGCUUUCGUCACUCCCUGACGGUAUUGACGAUGACUACGAGUCGUUCAUGGAGCGGGUGGAUGACGAUUUGGGUGUUUCGCGUCCCCUGGCUUCCGAGCCAAACGAGCCAAACGAAGGGCAAAUCCCGGCAGUCUCGGCCCAGCCAAUCAGCGGCCCGCAAAAGAAAUCUGCGGCCAAAAGGAAGAAUGUGUCGCCCAGCCCGGCGUCCGCGCGUAACACUCCUUCCCAACACCGCCCUGACCGUCCUUCUCGAGACUCGAGCAUGCCCGCCGCCAUCAUCGCCAACGGCGCCUCCCAUCCCCCUGCCACCGAGUCGGCGGCCUCCCUCAAGUUCAACAGCCGCUUCGGUCAAUUGCCUGACUCGACUAGCAUCGCCCGGAGGAAGCUCGAGAAGAGGUAUGAGAACAGCCGCAUCACCAAGGAGGCUUCUGGGGAGAGCUUUGUUCGGGAUCCGCCUGAGGUGGACGAGCUGGAGGAGCUGCCCGAGGACGCCCCCUUCCUGUCGCUGCCUCCUCCGCCGCCCGAGCACAUCCGCUCAUCGCGACAGGCGGCUCUGACGGGGCGAGCAGCCAGAGCGGCAAAGCGGCACCAUGAUGAUCUUGAUGAUUCCAUCUCACCCACUACAUCGUCCUUCCGGGCUGACCUGGAGCCUCUCUCCACGCGUAACUCGCGUGCAGCGACACCGUCAAACCUGCGAUCAACCAAGAAGCCACGGACUGGACUACGCGUCAAGACCUCGCCGAUGAAGAAGAAGGGCACAUCUGCGGGAAUUCCUCGUAGCAACAACAACGAGCGACCGAGCCCUGUGGGCUUCGGUGGACCAGGCAAUCAGUAUAAUGAUGCUAACAAGCUCUGCCAGGAUCUCAACGAUGAUACCUGCUUUUCAUGCUCUGGCUCCGGAGAGCUCGUUCUCUGCGAUGGUUGCAGUUACUCGUUCCACUUUCUCUGCAUCGACCCUCCGAUGGAUCCGGGCGACAUCCCCAAUGAGUGGUACUGCAACGAAUGCAACAGCCGCUAUUACCCACCGCCCGGCGCCGAACAUCGGGGUGUCUUUGGCUCUCUCGAGACGAACCUUGACCGCAAUAACCCCCGUGCUUUCCGUCUCCCAGAAGACAUCCGAGACCACUUUGAGGGUGUCAAGACGGGGCCGGAGGGUGAGUACGAGGAGAUUACCACCACCUCUACCAAGCCCAAGACGAACAAGAAGAAUCUGGAGGAGCCCUACGACUUUUACAAAGUUAAGAACAAUGAUGGUCCGGUGCUCUGCCAUAUUUGCCACAAAGGAAGUUCCGGCAAUCGCGCCAUCAUUCCGUGCUCUGUCUGCAAGCUUCACUGGCACCUUGAGUGUUUGGAUCCUCCCUUGGCGCUACCCCCGGUCCUGCGUACCUGGCGCUGCCCCUGUCAUGUGGAGGAGAUGCUCAGCAGCAUCCCGGCUAGACUGGCACCAGCCCAUCGCUAUCGCAAGAUCAAGAAUGCUCCAGUCAUUGAGCAGAGCUACAGUAGAGGCAUGGCCAAUAACGGAUGGAUAGAGAUCGAGGAAGACGAUGAUGACGACGAAAGUCCCCAUGUCUGGCGGGAGCAGGAGAGUUUCGGCCGAGUCUUCCGCGUGUCCGCCAAGGGCAUCAAGGAGGACUUCAUAUCUCGUGUACGCCAAAACCAAGCAAAGGCUCAAGCACGGGCUGGUGCGACUAACCCCGCUUCUGCGGUUGCACCCCGAGUGCGUAGCCUUGAAGAGCAGCAGGCAGCCUUGAACCUUUCCCUCUUGUCUCAAAGUGGCGGCGGCGGCGACGGCGUUCAGCCGUUGAUCGAUGCCAUGCUGUCCGAGGCUAGUCCUGCUGUUAGGUCCAUGAUUGCCCGAGGCGACGCGCAGAACAUGGUCUCAGGUGAUCUCUCCAAAGCUGACAACGCCGCGCUGGAAGCCAUGAUGGCCCAGGUCGAUAUUGUCAAGCAACGGAUUGCCACGAUCCUCGAGGGCCGAGGCGCAACUUUUCCUCACGGUGCCUCGAAUGUCGGCUCGCACGACGACUCAAUGAGCUCGCAGCACACGGUAGACGAUGAGACUAGAGCUCACGUCGUUUCCGGUUCUGCUAUGCAGCUCGACUAA